GCUGUAUGCUGGGAGAAUUCUGAAUUUCAAAAUGGCGGCGGCAGUCCACAGUAAACCGCCUCUGCUGAGCGAUCCGCCACCUCAGAGCGACUUGAACGGCAAUUCCGCUGAAACCAUGUCGUCUGAAGACAGCCAGGGCCCCCGCAGGGGGGAAGUAGUUUUGAAGCCAGAAGAGACACUCACAGCGCUGAGCGAGGCGGAGAAAGGCGAGGUACUCAGCCGGGCGAAGUCGGAAUUCAACAAUCGGCGCAGGAUCGUCGUCAGAAAUCUUCCCAACGAUAUCACGGCUCAGGAUAUCCAGUCUAUGUUGACAGACUAUGGAGUGCAACAUGUUCACUUGGACAAGGCUACAGGAACAGCCCAAGUGACGGUACAAAAUGGCGACCAGGCGGGCACAGCCAUCCUCAAGCUUCACCAUUCCUCCUACAAGGACCGCCAGAUCUCCGUCACGCUGGCGCCCAACGACUCUCUCCUCUGCAUCGCCAACCUCCCCCAGCUGUACGCCCUGGAACAACUCCAGGAGCUGGCCAGACCCUUCGGCAUCCUCGAACGCUGCUUCUUACUGCGCAGCGACAGAACUGGACUCAGUAAGGGCUACGGGUUCGUGGAAUACACCAAGAAGGAGUCUGCGCUGCAGGCUAAGAUCCAGCUGACAGGCAGGAGGAUAGGGACCAGAAUUCUCUGCUGUGACAUCAUGGACCCCGGACUCUUGACUCACGACAGUCUCCAUUCCAAGUGCUUAUUGGUGGAAAAACUCCCCAUGGACUUCCGAGACACCAGCCAGCUCAGUAGGAUAUUUAGUCAACUGUACCCACCCAUGUUUUGCCAGAUUUCCGUGGGACCAAACGGCCAGUCGCGAGGGUUUGCGGUGCUUGAGUACGAGGUUCCAGAACAAGCGGAGAUUGUGCAACAGGAGACCAACGGUCAUCCCUUACAGGACGUCCACCUCAGGGUGUCCUUCUGUCCACCUGGACACAACGGGCCGGGCCUGAUGUCCGUCAUGGCCACUGCCCUCAGCUCGGUUGGUCCAGGUAAGAACGGCCUUCUCCCCGACCCCAACCCAGCGCAGCUGCUCAACACCCCUCCCACGCAGGUGCAGCUGCAGCUGUUAGCCAACCAGCUGCUGGGGCUGCAGAACCCUGCAGGCAAGGAUGCAGCAACAGGUGUCAGACAUGGACUUCUGGGGACUACUCCAGGGCUGCCCAUGGGUCUGCCUGGUGUCCACCCCUCUGUCAUGGCCACCCUCAUCACCCUGAACCAGCAGCUCAACGCUACCAGGGGGGGACCUCAGCCCAACUUGUUCCAGAACCUGCUGAAUGCGCCGUUGCUGAAUAUGCUGCUGCAGUCACAGCCGGGGCUGGGCGCCCAGAACCCACCCAUGAAUCCACAGGUGCCAAACGGGAUGCUAUGUCCACAACCACCCGCUCCAUCACAGCAGCAGAUCAGACAAGGCCUGCUGGGGGACGGUCCCACCCCCCUCAUGCCCGGGGGGGUGAACAAGUCCUCCGUCAACCCCGCACCCCCCAGCCUGUCCCCCCCUGGAGACAACAAGCCGCUGGACAUCCAGGCCACGCUGACAGCACUACUGACAGCACUGGGACAGCAGCAACAGCACCAGGGGAACAGCAACCCCAACCUGUCAGCACUCAUCAGCGUCCUGGGACAGCUUCAGAGCUCUGGACAGCUGCAGAACAGCACGCCCAGCCAGACAGCACAGAACAGCACGCAGAAGAACCUGCUGCUGUCCAACACACAGGUCAACCAAGGUCAGGGGACAGACAAACCUGCGCUGUUAGGCCAGGGACCAGGCAUGGCAGUACAGGGGGGACCCAAUGCAAUACUGAACCUUUUGGGGCAACAGAACCAGGUGCAGUCCCAGCCCUCACCAGUAGGGGUCUCUGCUGGUCUAGUCAAUGGCUCUGGAGGCCAAGGUUUGAACACUGUCAACAAUGUCAACAACAACAAUAAUCAAGCUGUUGGCCCCCAGAUCCCCCCUCCAGGCCAGGCGGGGGGUAAGAAGAAAGGCUCCCUGCUGGGAGACCCCCCCUCCAACCUCAAGUUCAGCUCCAACCCUUACCUGAACCUGGCCUCUGUCCUCCCGAAGGCCUCCAUGCUGCAGCCCCCUCCUGGGAUGGUGGACAACGGGCCUGCACGAGGCAACCCCGCAACAGCUCCACGGAUCGGCCUCCUGGGCGUGGCCCCACCGGGAUUCUUACCUUCACAGAACCAGCAAUCGUCCGCCGCCACAUCAGAACAGCCAGCUGCCAGCGCCAGUCAGCAGCCGCCCCAGCAGGCCCCCCUCCCCACCUCCCAGCCGGAGUACAGCCAGAACAGCCACACCUUCCCACAGUACCAGCAGGGAUACAGCAGCUACCAGGAGCAGUACCAGUCCCAGAUGCAGCAGUGGUAUCAGUACCAACACAACGAUACCUCACAGGCCUUCAACCAGCAGAGCACUGAAUCAAACGACUACUACCAGCAGGCUUACAAUGCGUACGUGACCAACAACUUCCCUCAGGAACAACAACAACAACAACAACAGCCUCCCUCGGCUGUCUCCCCACCGCAGACAGGCGCUAACAUGCCCAAUAACCUGGUACAGGCCGCACAACAGGCAUACAGCUAUCUCAACAAGUUCAUGAAGAAGCAGCAGGAAGGCAGCGUGCCGACAGCUACCACCGCUCAGCAAGCCCAGCCCCCUCCCCCCGGGACAGACGGGCUGCUGUACCAGCAGUACGCAGCAGCUGGGUUUGGACAGCAGUGGGCGGGGCAAUGGACACAGCCACAGAAUCUGGACCAGGCUGCACUGCAGCAGUCUCUCCUUGGUACAACUCCCAUGAUGCAGCAGGGCCUGCUGGCCACGCCGAGUGCCACACAACAAGGACUGCUCGGGGCUUCCCCACCUGGACAGCAGGGGCUGUUGGGAAAUCUCCCACCCACGAUGGUUCAACCCGCCAAACACAACUUCCCACAGCCCCAACAUCCUGCUAUGUCCAGAAAGAUGACUCCGGCGCAAAAGCGAAAAGCGCCGCACCUUCUGCCGUCCCCUGAGCCCAGCCCGGAGAGCGGCUACAUCGGACAGCACUCGCAGGGCCUCGGCGGGCACUACGCCGACACGUACAGCAAGAAACGACGGUCCUAGACCCGCCGUACGUUCAGCAGCGUUACGUCGAGACUUGGACGAUAUUCUGGCUACAGCCUGAGACCCAACAAAAGGUCUGGGAACAAAAACUACUUGUGUCUGGCUAUAGGGUGGUAACAAAAGAGGAACACGUACACCCACACGUUACUAAACUACCUGGCUUUGAGAGAAAAAAGGGGUCCUGGCUCUCUAGAAAAUGAAAAGUUGUGCAAAUCUCUACUUCCAAAAUUGUAGGUAGUCAGUUAGGAGAUUAAUCAAAUGUGGCGGAAUUAGUGCAGUAUUGUUGGUUGAGUUUUUUGGCGGCACCUCAGGGGCGGAGGCGUUUUUUAUGAGAGAGGUCUUCCAGGUAGAUAGAGAUGCAGAGCUCUGAGACGGGGGUGCCUCACUAAUGCAGUUGAGGUAAAAAGGCUUCAUGUUUAAUGCCCCGAAGUGGAGUUUCUACAGUCUGCAAAAACGCCAGAGACAUUUUGCAGUCCUCACGUGAAAUUGGUGCCUGUCAAGAGAAUAGAAGGGAAUGGCAGAAAUUUUCCGCCAUUGUGUAGUGUUUUAG